CGUCCUUUCUCUCAACAAUACUGUCCACAGACUGCUGGAGUCCUGGACACUGAAGCAGAAGCAUCAGUGAGCUGAAUUGAAAGUGCCGCUCCAUCCUGCAACUCCCCCACCACGCCGAUCGACGCUGCCCGCCAUGGCUUCCACAUGACCUGGGUCCCGCCGCAGGCAUGUGGUCGCAACAGCAUGACCGCCUUUCACUGCUCCGACGACCCUUUACCCUUCAGCCAGCAUAGACCUCACUUCUCACCGUAGACGUCUGCAAGGAUGGCGGGCGACACUAUCUCCGUUGUGCCUGGCCAUAGCCUGGGCUUCAUGGCUCUCGGCUCCUCUCUCCACGAGGUCCUCACCACGCUCAAAGACGACAUCACGCGCUACCCCAAGAUCGACCUGUCUUUCUCUCAGUUGGCACCCCUCCUUACCCCAACUGUGGUGUCUCUGCCUGAGAAUGGCCUCCGUCUUCGGUUUGACGGCUGCGACCAGCGUUUACGCUUGAUCGAGGUCAUGGAUUUUGACAAAGCAAGAGUGGCGUACAAGGGCAGUGAACUGGUCAAAGAAGGCUCGACGGCUACCUUUAAGCGUAUCUACCAGCUCUUCGGCGCUUCGUAUCCGGGUGAAUAUCUGCCACCCAGGACCGGCAAAGCUGGGACAUAUACUCUCUCGUGGCCAGGUGUUGCCUUUACAUUUCCGCUGCAGCACUCCGCAUGGGCGCCAGAUAAGGACCAUGUAUCUCUACUUGGCUCGCAUGCUGCCUCAUCUGCAACGUUCAUGGCCGUGUUCGAGGGCAACAGCUGGCCUGAAGCACGGGAGACGCUGUUUGUGAAGCCGCCUGAGGGGCCACGAACAAGUGCCAUCGUCUCUCAACCACGCGACAUGCUGCCUGCUGAGGUUGAAGCUGCUGUCAUUAGUGGUGCUGGAAAGAUCGAGCUGCUAAGACGUGCUCCGGCGUCUUCUUUCGACAUCACGUUGGGCCGCACAACACCGCAAGACCUUCUCACUGAACUUGGUCCACCAGACGGUUAUCAUAAGCGGGAUAUGCAACCGGCGAUCGAACCAUCUGCACACCCGAGGCCACGCAGUACAUCGCGAACGAAUGGGAGAGCGCAUCCAACUCCUCCAUCCAGCUAUUCCUCGACUGGCACUGACACGUACGACACAGACUUCGAUUCAGGCGAUACCGAGGACGAUGCAGCAGAGCGAGCUGGGAGAGAGACCUUUUGGAGCUACUUCAGACACGGUGUGGACAUUCUGGUGGGACCUUACAAUGACCAAGUCUCGUUCCCGGAAGAGCUGUCCCACUUGCCACGAACACCACUGUCGUCAAGUCCACACCUGGUAGUUCUGAAGGUGGUCAUGCACGGCAACAUUCCCGGCUCAUAUGCCUUCAACCGGCAUCGAAGAUUACGGUGGCAAUUAUCACUCCGAGGAGCCAGCAGCGUUCUCACAUCCGAGCACACAUUCGAAGAAAUUCAGCCGGAUCUCAUGCAAGCAUUUCGAGGUGUCUGGCCCGAAUCGGAAAUGGGAAGAGGCAAAGUCAUCAACCGAACAUGGGGCGGUUCACCGAGCGACAGUAGCUUCUUCUUGCCCGAUACCGAUACGGAUUUGGUGGAAGGUACUGGAAGUGAGAGCUUCAUUGAUAACAGCAAGCUGCAUAACUUUCCCGGCCUGACCUUCGAGGUAUUGAGCAAUGGCGCUAUCAGUGCCCUGACCGUAUCUUGAUGGGUUGACAGGUCGGCAGCAGGUCUUUCGAUCUGGACCUGCUUUAGAGGAGAGUAUGUAUGUGCAAAGUGGUCUGCGUACAUCUUGUACGUCUCAUAGCGGACGCAUAGCUAUGCUACUAUGCACCAAUCCGAACGCAUCUUCUCUGCAUUGCCAG